AGUGUAUUGAGUUUUUAAAAUCUAUAUUUAUUAUUGGCAAACGACGACGUCCGAGAAAGCACCCAUAAAUAAAGAGGUGAAAGUGGGUUCACAAUAGCUGUUUUGGAAAUAUAAAAAAAAAGAUACCGCAUAUACACAUUGAAAUGACUUUAUAAUAAAAUUAUGGCCAGCUACUACAGUAAAGAUAUUAUGCUUCUAUAAAAUUAAUUAAACAGGCGGAGGACCUCCACCCAAACCCCUGAAUGUCAUAGCCGAGACAGUGCAGAUGGUGAUUGGGGAAGAAAAUGCCAUCAUUGAUGGAGUACAGGGAGGGAUUGACUCUUCCUUGCUUCAAUUGCUGACCAAUGAUGGGAACAUUUGUAAUGUUCAGAUUGUUCAGAGUGAACCUGAGUUCAGCACGACAUCGCCUCCUAUCAUACCCCUCUCACCAAGAUUGCCAUUGCCAGCUCCUCUACAUGUUCCUUCAGCCUCUUCCUCUGUGCCAGCAGGAAAUACAUGUACAAGAUGCGCCAAAGUCCAGACAGACAACCACAACAGGCAAAGUGAAAUAGAGGAAAUGACAAUUCGGAAACUUCAUCUCGAAAUUGAAUAUUAUGAAAUGAAAUUGAAAAAAAUUGAAGGAGGAAUAGGUGAUGAUGAUCUGUAUUAAAUUUUCAAUUAAUGAUAAAUAACACAAAUAUUUUUUCUAUCAUAU